GAGAAGGAGAAGGAGGCUGAGCGAGCUAGACAGGGAGAAGGAAAGGGAGGGAGCCGGGCCGGACUCACACACCCAGACAGACGCCCAGAGACAGGCAGCUCCAGCCCCACAAAAGCCACACCAAAAGGCAAGACAAGAGGAGGAGGAAGGAACUCGCUCCCAUGCCAGCCCAUCGGCUUGGAAAACAGCAGGCGCCCGGCGGAGAGGUUUCAGGUGGCCCAGGGCUCGGGAUUGCGCCAGGCGAGCAGAGACGCCGACGGCGGCGAGAGCAGCUUCAAAGUGAGCGCGCGUUGGAGCCGCGGCGUGUCCAGAGAGCUCAAGUGUAGCAGCCGGAACAGCCAAGCAGAGGGUCUGAGCCUCGGUUUCCCCGACCCCCAUGUCAGCAAGUGUCCGGCCAAGCGGCCCCCGGAGGAGGCGGUCAGGAUGCGCGUGAAGCCCCAGGGGCUGGUGGUGUCGUCCAGCACGGUCUGCAGCUCGCCCGACUACCUCCGGGAGCCCAAGUUCUUCGCCAGCGGGCACCCGGCCCGGCCCCUGCUGCCCGACCGGCCCUUCGCCUGCAGCUUCCCCGAGGCCCCCCGCUCUCCCUUGGGCCGCUCCCCGCCGCCCCGCGGGGACCCCGCCGGCUGCCGCCCGCCCCUGCCCGCCAAGGGAGAGGACCCGCCGCCACCGCCACCGCCGCCGCCGCCGUCGCGGGGUCCGGCCCACCGCGCCGCGCCCGGGGCCGGCUGGGACAACGGGCAGGGGCCCCUGCUCCCCGUGGUGCGGCUCAUCGACAUCAUGAAGGACCUGAAUCGCCUGUCGGACGACCUGCAGCACAGUGGCCUGCGCCUGGACUGCGGCGGGCUGCGGGCGGGCCGGCGGCCGGGCCCCCCGCCCGGCGACCUCCAAUACAGCUUCUUCUCGUCCCCCAGCCUGGCCAGCAGCAUCCGCAGCCCCAAGGAGCGGGGGCCGCCCGGCAAGGCGGAGCGGCCGGGGACGGCGCCCGAGCGGGGGCCCGGCCCGGGGGCCCCCGCCGGCCUGGCGCAGGAGCCGCCCGGCGACGAGGACUCUGAGCCGGACGCGGCGGGCUACUCGGAGCUGGUGGACAGCGACAUCCUCAGCGAGCUGGCUUCCCUGGCCUGCCCCGAGCCCCAGCUGCUGUCCCCGGAACCCCGAUCCCCGGAGCCCGAGCUGCUGGACCCCCGGGCGCUGGAGGCCCCGCCCCGCUUCCUGGACCCCCGGGCGCUGGAGCCGCUGGCCGAGGCGCUGGACCUCCCGGCUCUGCCGCCCCUGGCCGAGGCGCUGGCCCUGCAGGCCCUGAACGCCCAGCUGCCGGACUCCCUGGACUCCCAGCUGCUGGACCCCCAGGCGCCCCAGCUGCUGGAGGCCCUGCCCAAGCUGCUGGAGCCCCCGCCCGCCCUGGGCGGGGGCUGCCCCCCGGGGGAGCCGGGCCCGGAGGACCCCCGCAAGUACGCGCUGCGCAGAAGCGACAAGCCAAAGAUCCUGUGCCGCCGGCGCAAGGCGGGCCGGGGCCGCAGGGCGGACGCCGGGGCCGAGGGCCGGCUGCCGCCCCUGGCCGCGCCCGCCCCGCCGGCCCCCGCCCCGGCCCGGCCGCCCCCGCUCCCCGCCCCCGAGCCCGGCGAGGACCCCCGCGGGGGGCCGCCGCCGCCGCCCACCCGCAAGGGCAAGUGCCGCGGGGUGCGCAAGAUGGUGGUCAAGAUGGCCAAGAUCCCCGUGUCCCUGGGCCGCCGGAAUAAGACCACCUACAAGGUGUCCUCGCUCAGCAGCAGCCUGAGCCUGGAGGGCAAAGAGCCGGGGGCCCGGGCCGCCGCCGAGCCCACCCCGCUGCUGAAGAUGAAGAACAACGGGCGCAACGUGGUGGUGGUGUUCCCCCCGGGCGAGAUGCCCAUCAUCCUGAAGCGCAAGCGGGGCCGCCCGCCCAAAAACCUGCUGCUGGGCCCGGGCAAGCCCAAGGAGCCGGCCCCCGCCGAGGGCAAGAAGCGGCGGAGGCGCAAGCAGAAGCUGGCCUCGCCUCAGCCCUCCUACGCGGCCGACGCCAACGACAGCAAGGCCGACUACUCGGACGUGCUGGCCAAGCUGGCCUUCCUCAACCGGCAGAGCCAGUGCCCGGGCCGCUGCUCCCCGCCCCGCUGCUGGACGCCCAGCGAGCCCGACUCCAUCCACCAGGCGCCCGACACGCAGAGCAUCUCCCACUUCCUGCAGCGCGUGCAGGGCUUCCGGCGGCGCGGGGGCAAGGCCGGGGGCUGCGGCGGGCGGGGCGGGGCCCACGCCGCCCGGGCCGCCCGCUGCUCCUUCAGCGACUUCUUCGAGGGCAUCGGCAAGAAGAAGAAGGCGCCCGGCCCGGCCGCCGCCCACGCGGCCCUGGCCGACCCCGGGCACCCGCGCAAGAGGGGCCGGGCGGAGCCGGACGCCGCCGCCAAGCCCAAGCGCAAGCGCCGGGGCCGCAAGAACGGGGCGCUCUUCCCCGAGCAGGGCCCCGGCGGGCCGGGCUUCGGCGACGGCGGAGCCGACUGGCCCGGGGACAAGGCGGGCGCCUGGGCCCCCCACCACGGCCACCCCGCCGGCCCGGCCGGCCGCCACGGCGCCUUCCAGGGCGCCGAGGCCCGGGCCUUCCCGGCCGGGGGGGCCGAGGCCGCCGGGCCGGGCCGGGCCGGCUACUUCGCCGGCGGCCCGACGGCCGCCGCGGGCGACCCGGGCCACGAGCGCCACAGCCUCUUCACGGGCUACUUCCGCUCCCUGCUCGACUCGGACGACUCCUCCGACCUGCUGGACCUGGCCCUGGCGGCCUCGCGCCCCGAGUCCCGCAAGGCCGCCGCCGGGGCCUACGCCGGCGCCCCGCCCGGGGCCCUGGCCGGCCAGCGGGGGCCGGCCGCCUUCCCCGGCCGGGGCGCCAAGGCCGGCCCGGGGGGCGGGGCGGGGGCGGCGGGCGAGCCGGCCUUCCAGACCGUCCCCCCGGGCCGUCCGGCCUUCCCCCACGGCCGGGCCCCGGGCUACGGGGGCGCCGGCCCCGGCGGCGGGGUCACCCCGGCCGGCCCGGACUGCCGGGGCGCCGACGCCUUCCCCAAGCUGGCGCCGCCCUCGGCCGUGGCCCGCUCGCCCCCGGCCCACGCGGCCCCCGGGGGCUACUCCUCUCCCUUCGGCGGCUACGGCGCCGGGCCGGGCGUGGGCGCCGCCGGGGGCUUCCCCCCGGGGAAGCCGUUCGCCGGCCAGGACUGCGCCAACAGCAAGGACUGCAGCUUCGCCUACGGCAGCGGCAGCAGCCUCCCCGCCUCCCCGAGCAGCGCCCACAGCGCCGGCGGCUACGGCCAGGCCUCCGCCGCCCCGGCCGGGCCCGGCCUGCCCCAGGCCAAGGCCUCCUUCUUCGGCGGCUCGGAGGCCCCGGGCCCCUUCCCCGGCGCCGGCCACACGCCCCUGCGCUGCGACAGCCGGGCCAGCACCGCCUCCCCCGGCGGGGGCUACCUGGGCCCCAAGGGCGGCCCCGGGGCCGCCUUCCAGCCCUCGCCCGAGAGCUGCCGGCCGUUCCCCGGCGCGGCGGCCCAGUGGCCUUUCCGGCAGGGCUACGGCGGGCUGGACUGGGGCGCCGAGGCCUUCGGGCAGCUGUACAACCCCGGCUUCCCCGAGUGCCACCUGAGCGAGCCCAACGUCAUCCUGGACAUCUCCAACUACACGCCCCAGAAGGCCAAGCAGCAGGCCCCGGCCUCCGAGACCUUCUCCGAGUCGUCCUCCGACAGCACCCAGUUCGGCCAGCCGGCCGGCGGCUACCGGCGGGCCAACAGCGAGGCCUCGUCCAGCGAGGGCCAGUCGAGCCUGUCCAGCCUGGAGAAGCUGAUGAUGGACUGGAACGAGGCCUCGGCCGCCCCGGGCUACAACUGGAACCAGAGCGUCCUCUUCCAGAGCAGCGGCAAGCCGGGCCGGGGCCGGCGGAAGAAGGUCGACGUGUUCGACGCGGCCGCGGCCGCGGCCGCCGCCGCCGCGGCCGCCGCCGCCCACCUGGGUUUCCCCGCCGCCACCUCCUCUUCGGCCUCGCCCGCCGCCUACGCCCCGUCCAAGCGCAGCGCCGGCCCCCGGGGGGGCCGGGGGGCCCGGGGCGCCUGCGCGGCCGCCAAGAAGGAGCGGGGCGGCGGGGCCAAGGCCAAGUUCCUCCCCAAGCCGCAGCCUGUCAACCCGCUGUUCCCCGAGGCCACGGACCUGGGCCUGGACUACUACAGCGGCGACAGCAGCAUGUCCCCGCUGCCCUCCCAGCCGCGGCCCUUCGGGCUGGGCGAGCGCGAGGCCUGCGACUUCGCCGGCCCCUACUCCAUGAACCCCUCCACGCCGUCCGACGGCACCUUCGGCCAGGGCUUCCACUGCGACUCGCCCGGCCUGGGCCCCGCCGACCUGGAGGCCAAGGCCUUCGCCGGGCUCCCGCACCCGCUGGGCACCCCGGGCCCCCCGGCCGUGUUCGAGGCCGGCCUGCAGAAACCCUUCUCCCCCAACUGCUCCCCCCCCGCUGGCUUCAAGGAGGACCUGCGGCCCUCCAAGCUGCCCGCCUGUGACUCCCUGAAGCACGGGCUGCAGGGGGCCGGGGGCCUGCAGGGGCCGGGCCUGCAGGGGCCCGGCCUGCCCCAUCCCGCUCUCCUGAGCUGCCGGGACCUGCCCCUGAGCCAGCCCCACUACGACUCCCCCAGCUGCAAGAACACCAGUUACUGGUUCUCCUCCACCACCUCGGCCCCCCGCAGCCCUCCCUACGAGGGCAAGGCGGGCCCCGGCCUGCUGGCCGACUUCAUGGGCCGGGUGGACUCCUCGUGCCUCAACCCCCACCUGGCCAGCCCCUCGGCCACGCCCAAGUGCGACAAGGAGCCCCUGGAGCUGGCCCGGGCCCACCCCCCGCGGGGGGCCUACGCCUGCCCCCUCAUGAGUGACUUGAACCUGUCUCCGGUGCCGAGGGACUCUGUGCUGCUGCUCCAGGACGGAUACCGGUACCCCGGCUUCGCCGCGGCGGGGCAGGGGCACCCCGGCCUGGCCGGCCCCCAGAAGAGCGGGUUCCUGGGGCCCAUGGGGGAGCAGCCGCACCCCGAGGAUACUUUCACCGUCACCUCCCUGUAGUGCCGCCGGAUGCGCCGCCCGGACCGCCAGGUUUUGAUACAGACUUCCCCAGAGAAACAAAGAGCCCACCGGCCCACUGGCUCCCCACCCUCAUCCCGUCGGCCCAGGACCAGCGCCGUCCGCCCGUCUCCCCACUCCCCGUGGCCUGGAGACCUGCCCCCGGGGGCCGGGCCGGCCUGCCCGGGCACCGGUGAGCAGCGCAGAGGACAGACCCCUCACCCCCCAACCCGCCGCCCCGGCCCGGCCCCUCCAUGCAGAAGUCGAACAAGACCCGUUCUGCACAAAACCAGCAUUGUAAAUACUUUUUAAAAAUGUUUAAAAAAAAAAAACACAAAAAAACGGAGCGGGAGCGAGGGCGAGGGCGAGAGCCAGCGCGAGGUCCGAGUCGCUCCCUCCGGUGUGCACUGAGAAAUUUAUUUACAGGCCGUUGGGCAGAAUGAACAAUACCCUAUUUAUUGUAUAUAAUGUUUUAUUAUAAAUCGUGGACUGUAUAUUGCAUUCUGUACAUCUGCUGUGGUUUUGUGACGUGCAAAUUUGCAUGGUUUUGUUGGGUUGGACGAUUCCGUUCCCAGCUUUUGGCUUUCUUUUUUCCACUCUCCUUCUUGGGUUGGUUUUUCUCGCAGGACACACCCAAAGAUCCACAUUUGUAUUAAAAAAGAGAAAAAAGAAAAAAACUUCUUGCGUGGUCGGGGAG